AGUUGACGUCAUGACAGCGUGAAGCAUGCCAACUUAUAUUCAGGCAGUGAUACAAAGUCAGGCAGACAGGAUGGGGAGAAAUAAGGCUUUAUGCCUUGUUUUUUUCCUGCUACUUUUAAUUGGGAUAUGUUUCUCUUUGAGCAGCCAGGAUCUGAAUAAAGAUACAGAUGGAGAUGGUCUCAGGGACCAUGUUGAUGAUUUUGACGAUGACAAUGACGGAGUUCCUGAUGUAGAAGAUGACGAUGAUGAUGGUGAUGGAAUCCUGGAUAGAGAGGACCAAGAUUGGUUUGAACAUGAUGAGAUGUAAAGUUAAAGAUGAAAGAGAAGAAAAAGAUGAAGGCUAAGAUUUAAGCUGGAACUAGAACUAUCUAAAAUUAUAACUUUUUUGAAUAUUUUUUAUUCAUAAAUGAUCUAACAGUUUCAAGUUUUCCUUAUUCAAUGUAAUAAAUUUAAAUAUGUAUCUUUAA